AUGGAACUCCCCCUGCUGUGCGUCCUGGUGGUGUUUGCUGGUGUGACUCCAGCCCAGGGCGGGAUUCUGAACCUGAACAAGAUGGUUGGACAAGUGACCAGGAAGACAGCCGUCACCUCCUAUUGGCCCUACGGCUGUCACUGCGGACCUGGUGGAAAAGGCCGACCCCUGGAUGCCACGGACUGGUGCUGCCAUGCUCACGACUGUUGCUAUCGUCACCUGAAGCUCCACCAUUGCCAUUACUUCAGGGACCAUUACAACUACACCUUUUCCGAGGAGGGCAUCCAGUGCUCUGACAAAGGGAGCUGGUGUGAGCAGCAGCUGUGCGCCUGUGACAAGGAGGUGGCCUACUGCCUGAAGCGUCAGAUGGGCACCUACCAGAAGAAGCUGCAGUUCGCCCGUUUUUUCAGGUCCCGCUGCAAGGGCCAAACCCCUCUGUGCUAG